UCAGUCAGUUCAGUUCAGUUCUGUUCAGUUGGUCGGUCGCUUCGGUGGCGUUCGGAAUGGAUUCGCGCUUCUAUCGUCUAUCCCGUCGACUUCCACGCCGGUUAUCAAUCUCGGACGUCGCGACGCCUUCGAUGGUCUAGUGUCUGGUUUAAGCAGCCGUGGCUACAUUUUCCGCGUGAGUGUAUUUUUUUCUAAUUUGAAUAGACUGCGAGGUGGGUGAGAUAUGUUUCCUGCGAUCGUAGUCAUUUUCCACCAGCAACAGUGAAAAGUGUGAAAUGUUAAGUGAUGAUGCUCGAUUUCCAAACGUUAGAUCUGUUUUGUUCGUUGGGACAUAGAAUAGUGCGUGUUAUUCAUUAGAAGUGAAUUAAACCGAAACCGUUGGAGGUGUUUGAAUUCGGAAUUUUGCUUAUCUUAUUCCAUCAGUGGCUGAUAGCAUAGCACGGUGUGUGUGAAGCCGUUAUCAUCGAAAAAAUGAUCAUCUAUUCUGCAUCUACCAUUCGAAAAAUAUGACACACCGUGAGUGAUAGACGAAACGAAUGCACGAGUGACGCAAACGAUGUGUGAUUACUCGAGUUCUGAAGAUACGACGUGAGCAUUUCAAGUACCACUGGGUCUUAGUGCCAACCUACUGGUCAAUCGAAAGCAGAGUAAACUACGAAAAAGAAAAAAAAAAUACACGGCGACGAGGGAUGUGCGAAUUGUUAGUGUUUGAUAAAUGAGCCCCGGCCCGGCCGGCGCAGUGAAAUGAUUUAAUUUUUCAAGGGCACACACAUGCGGUAGGCGCUGUAAAGAUUGAAAUCGUAGCGGGUUUCACUUGUUUUUGGGAUUGAAUUUCGUUUCGGCUCACGUGUGAUUGUAAGCGAGAAUUGAAGUUCCUGAAAUAACACAAGAUAAGGACAUGGCAUCGUCGGGUAGAUUAGAGAAGUGGACGGAUUGUAGGAUGCAGCGUUUAAACCGAAAUGCUUGUUGAUAGUGAAAGGAUGUCAAUUGAUUUCAGAGCAAUCCGACUGGCAAGGAAGAUACGUAAAAAGCUGUUGCUACCCCGGUGCUUUGCCAGUCAAACUUCCCACGUAUAUCUGGUAAAGGGCAAACCACGUCUGGGUUGUGAUAAGAAGAAGCAACACGUUUCGUAGAAAACGAAUGUUAUUAGGGAAUAUCUUGCUGGAUAGCUUUCGAAUGAAUAUGUCAGUUGCAGUGUUCGGUUCUUUUCAUUGAGGGUGUUUAACCUUCGACCAAUCGAGUGAAAAAAGGAAAAUUGGAGAAGUUUAGUGUCAAAAUGAUUGAACAAAGCAUUUUUCUACGGCAGCUUUUCUGCUGCCACUGGUCGAGAAAACGAAAACCCGGGAAAACCUUUCUCCACAUGGUUUCUACAGUGCUGGUGAUUAUCACUCUGAUGCUGCCAACUGCUCGUGGCGAAUGUCGAAGGCAAGAUACUCGACAGUGUGAGGCGAUAUGUGUUCCCGUUGCUACCGAGGGAAAUGUGAUGAAAAACAACUCCACUAGUGUCAGUACUCAGCUGGAAACAAAUCAGUGGAAGUGUGAAUUGAGAAUAAUUGUGAUCUUACCGGCUAACACGAGUAUCGAAGCAUCGUCCCCGAGGGUUCAUCCAGUUUUACUAAAAGCAGAAGAUUAUAUUAGAGCUCAACAAAUUAUCCCUUCGUCGGUGGCCAUACGAUGGAUCUUUUACGAUGACAAAUGUGACCAAGCCCGGGCAACCGUCUCGGCUAUGGAUGGCACCGGCAGAGACUGUGGUCACGUCAUUCUUGGACCGGCGUGUGAUCUAUCGCUGGCACCUGUGGCGCGCAUUGGACGAUUCAUCUACAACGAUGGUGUACCUGUGAUAACUGGGGCCGGCUAUACGUUCGACUUUGAGCAGAACAAGACACGCUGCGAGGACGAGUUCUAUCUGCUGAUUCGCACCGGAUGGCUGAGCUUUCAACGAAUUGCGUACUUUAUGAUCGAUCUGCUGCGACAUUUCAAAUGGAACCGCGUUGUGUACUUCUAUGAACGGCACGGAUACUACAAUGUUGCCGGCCCACAGACCGGCCAUCUGGUGCUGAGUACGAUAGCUGAGUUUUUCCGGCGAGAAAACAUCACCUAUCUGCCGUUUUCCACUGAUUCAACGCGAACCAAUUUCACCGAAAGCUUAAAGGAGAAGGUUGGCCUCAGCCAUUCAAGUAAGUACUAAUCAAUGCCAAAGACGACAACCAAUUCGUUCGGUUCGCAUUUCAACCCAAAUGCUCAGGUAAACCUCACGUCAUCUGUUUCGCGGAAAUUAAUAUAAUUACCUCUUGCUCUAAGCACUAAUCGCUAUCUUAAUUAAUAAUAAAAUUCUCCAAAGUGCAGUUGUGCGCGACAAACA